GGGUUUUAGUUCAGACCCUUCGUUUCAACUGUUAAAAACCCUUAAACCCUAAUAGAGCCCCGUUCCUUAAUUUUCCGACUCUUUUGGCUCUGUUCCGAUGGCUUUUAUUUCCCGAGCCCGCCGCAUCUUCACCGGACCCUUCCCUCCAUGUUCUUACUUGGCUUCGAUUCGUCUCAGUUCGACUCUCACUUCCCCCAAGCUUUUCAUUAGCGGUCUCUCAAGGGAAACAACAGAUGAACAGUUCCAAGAGGCAUUUUACCCAUUUGGCCAGAUUGUCGAAGCCAAAGUCGUGAGAGAUAGAGCCACCGGAAGGUCAAAAGGGUUCGGUUUUGUUACAUAUACAUCCAUUGAAGAAGCUGAGAAGGCUAGAGAAGAAAUGAAUGCCAAGUUCUUGCAUGGAUGGGUUAUUUUUGUAGACCCUGCCAAACCAAGGGAAUACAGACCUCCUCCACAGAGACCGGAAUCGGGGCCAUCUGAAUCUGGUUUCCGAACGAACAAAACUGUCGGAUGGUGCGGGUAUAAUUCAACUUAAAAUAGAUGGAGCUAUUGUUGGGUUUAUUCAAAAAGCUUUUUAGUUAUUCAUAUAACACAAUUUUUGCAGACGAUAGUCAGCUGAAUCUAUGAUUCAUUGUAUUUUGUUUAAGCUUAAUUAAUACUUUCAACCAUGACAAUCAUUUCAUAACUCCAAAUGCAAUAAUAAUAUUUGCCAUUACAAUCUUUUCAUAA